AAUUGGACAUAGAAGAUACCAAUAAUAAUUCUCUAGUAGUUGCUGAAAGUAGUGAAGAAGCAUUUUAUGAUGAGAUGAUUAUUGAUGAAGAGAUGUUUGAUAACGAUGAAGAUAUGUUCGAUGAUGAUGAAAAUAUGUUUGAUUAUAAUGGAGAAAAUAUGAUUGAUUAUAAUGGAGAAAUGUUUGAUGAAGAAAUAGUUGAUAUAGAAAUAGUUGACCAAGAGGCAUUUGACGAAAUAAUAGAUGAUGAAGG